AUUACAAGAUAUACAAGAUGUAUAAAAUAUAUAAAAUAUUCAAUGAACAAUAAAAGAGAGAGAAGAAAGGAUUUGCUAUAUUCUUUAUUUUUUUUUUUCCUUUUCAUUUUAUUUUUCCAUGACAAAAAAAAAAUACUAAUUUUUAUAUUUUUUCUAUAGCAAUUUGACAGAUCAAAAUUAUCGCCUUUUUUCUCAUCAUUUAAUUCAUGUCACAAAGUAAACAAAAAAAACAAGUAAAAUUGGCAUUGAAACCUUAUCUUAAUUUAGACAAUCAACAAUAUCAACAAUGGAUGCCUCACAGUGAACCGACCAACUUAUUCGAACCACCAACUAUCAUCGGUUUUAAUCCACUUCGAGGCCAAGCAGGGGAUCCAUUUAUGGUCAGUACGACUCUCAACAAUUUGAAUUCGACUCUUAUCAAAAUCGCCUUUGGUACUUGCAUUGUUCCCACUCAUUUUACUGUCAAUUCAAAUCAGUCCAUCUCAUUUCAUUCUCAAGUACCUGUUUAUCAAGCUACUUCAACGCCUGACCGCGAAAGAGUACCCAUUUAUUUGGUUAUGAUACGUGAAGGAACUGAAGAUAACGUUGAUGUCAUUGACAGUUGGUUCGCUGGUUACUUUGCCUUUAGUAACGUUAGUAGUCAUAGAAGAAGAACAGUUAGUCACGAAUUUGAUGUCAAUGCUAAACGUAGUAAAACAUCAGACACAUCACCUUAUAUGCCUUAUCAACCUAAUUAUUUGCCUUAUAUGCCUUUAUCUUCAAGAGUUGAAAUGGACCCUACCAAUAUACUGAACUAUCCUACCUACAGAACAUCUGAUCCCCAAGGAUCUUCUACACCCACUUCAUCAAGUCAAUUGCAAUUUGAACACCCUUCUUCUCAGUUCAUGAUGCCAAUGCUACCAAACAGUGGCAUUCAGAUGCGACCUCCCAACAUCAUGCCUAACGCUCCUUCGCCCAUCAUGAUCCCUUCACCUCAUUUUGCACAUUCAUCUUCCUCUCAUGCAUCCAUGUACUCUCCUCAACAAGCACAUCCUAUUCAGCCAUUACCUACUUCACAAUCACAAUCACAUCAAAACAUCGUGCCGAUCGUACCUGCACUCCCUCCACAUAUGCCUAUCCCCGCAGGCAGUCGCUUUCCACCACCUGAUCCCUUUGCCAAUGUCCUGAGUAACGCGACUCUGUCGAUUGAAGGUGACCUGAACGAGAUGAUGCAAGACUGGACAGAAGAAGAAGUCAGCCAACAGCGUCGGUUAGUCCAGUUUUGGAGAAAACAACAAGGCACUCAAUCCAUCUCUGUCAAGUUCAAUGUCUAUCGACGACGUAAACCCAAGGAUCCUCCAGACUUUGUGAUAUCAUGUAUCUAUUGGGCCGAACGUGGGGAUUACUAUGUCACAUCUGUUGAUUGUCUCUCUCUUCUCCAAUACCUCAUCGGUGUUGUCUUCACUGUUGAAGAAAAAAAUCGUGUACGUCGCAACCUAGAAGGAUUCGAACCAGAAACGAUCAGUAAACAUAAAGAUGAUACCGCAGAAUUCUUUAGACUUGUCAUGGGUUUUCCAAAACCAAAGCCUAGAAAUAUCGAAAAAGAUCUUAAAGUAUUCAAAUGGGAAAGACUUAGCGAAGCUCUUCAAAAGAUUGUCAGCAAGUUUACAGCUAGUUAUAGUACAACUCAAAAGAUCAUUACAGAUGAUAUAUUUAAUAAUAACAACAAUGGCAAUGGCAAUAAUAGCAAUAUACUCUUUUAAUAUUAACACAAUAAUCAUUAUACAGUCAUCAUAUAGUAAUCAUAAUAAUAGUAGUAGUAGUAGU